AACGCCGCUUUUCGCCGAGGCCGGCGCCAUGAAGCUCAACGUGGACGGGCUGCUGGUCUACUUCCCCUACGACUACAUCUACCCGGAGCAGUUCUCUUACAUGCUGGAGCUCAAACGCACACUGGACGCCAAGGGUCAUGGAGUCCUGGAGAUGCCCUCAGGCACUGGGAAGACCGUGUCCCUGUUGGCCCUGAUCAUGGCAUACCAGAGGGCAUAUCCACUGGAGGUGACUAAACUCAUCUACUGCUCGAGGACUGUGCCUGAGAUUGAGAAGGUGAUCGAAGAGCUUCGAAAGUUGCUCCAUUUCUAUGAGAAGCAGGAGGGUGAGAAGCUGCCGUUUUUGGGGCUGGCUCUGAGCUCCCGGAAGAACCUGUGCAUUCAUCCCGAGGUGAUGCCACUGCGCUUUGGGAAAGACGUCGACGGGAAAUGCCACAGCCUCACGGCCUCCUACGUGCGCGCACAGUACCAGCAGGACCCCAGCCUGCCCCACUGCCGCUUCUACGAGGAGUUUGACGUCCAUGGGCGCCAGGUGCCCCUCCCUGCUGGCAUCUACAACCUGGAUGACCUGAAGGCCCUGGGGCGGCGCCAGGGCUGGUGCCCCUACUUCCUUGCCCGCUAUUCGAUCUUGCAUGCCAACGUGGUGGUUUACAGCUACCACUACCUCUUGGACCCCAAGAUCGCGGAGCUGGUCUCCAAGGAGCUGGCCCGGAAAGCUGUCGUGGUCUUCGACGAGGCCCACAACAUCGACAACGUCUGCAUCGACUCCAUGAGCGUCAACAUCACCCGCCGGACCCUCGACCGGUGCCAGGGCAACCUGGAGACCUUGCAGAAGACGGUGCUCAGGAUCAAGGAGACCGAUGAGCAGCGUCUGCGGGAGGAGUACCGCCGCCUGGUGGAGGGGCUGCGCGAGGCCAGUGCCGCCCGGGAGACCGACGCCCACCUGGCCAACCCCGUGCUUCCCGACGAGGUGCUCCAGGAGGCGGUUCCCGGCUCCAUCCGCACGGCCGAGCACUUCCUGGGCUUCCUCCGGCGGCUGCUGGAGUACGUCAAGUGGCGGCUGCGGGUACAGCACGUGGUGCAGGAGAGCCCCCCCGCCUUCCUGAGCGGCCUGGCCCAGCGUGUGUGCAUCCAGCGCAAGCCCCUCAGAUUCUGUGCCGAACGCCUCCGCUCCCUGCUGCACACCCUGGAGAUCGCCGACCUCGCCGACUUCUCUCCCCUCACCCUCCUCGCUAACUUCGCCACCCUCGUCAGCACCUACGCCAAAGGUUUCACCAUCAUCAUCGAGCCCUUUGAUGACAGGACCCCCACCAUUGCCAACCCCAUCCUGCACUUCAGCUGCAUGGACGCUUCCCUGGCCAUCAAACCCGUGUUCGAGCGCUUCCAGUCCGUCAUCAUCACAUCUGGGACGCUGUCCCCACUGGACAUCUACCCCAAGAUUCUGGACUUCCAUCCUGUCACCAUGGCAACCUUCACCAUGACGCUGGCCCGGGUGUGCCUCUGCCCGAUGAUCAUCGGUCGGGGCAAUGACCAGGUGGCCAUCAGCUCCAAAUUUGAGACCCGGGAAGAUAUUGCGGUGAUCCGGAACUACGGGAACCUCCUGCUGGAGAUGUCCGCCGUGGUCCCCGACGGCAUCGUGGCCUUCUUCACCAGCUACCAGUACAUGGAGAGCACCGUGGCCUCCUGGUACGAGCAGGGCAUUCUCGAAAACAUCCAGAGGAACAAGCUGCUCUUCAUCGAGACACAAGAUGGGGCCGAGACCAGUGUCGCCCUGGAGAAGUACCAGGAGGCCUGCGAGAACGGCCGCGGAGCCAUCCUGCUGUCAGUGGCCCGAGGCAAAGUGUCCGAGGGAAUUGACUUUGUGCACCACUACGGGAGGGCCGUCAUCAUGUUUGGUGUUCCCUACGUCUACACCCAGAGCCGCAUUCUCAAGGCGCGGCUGGAGUACCUGCGGGACCAGUUCCAGAUCCGAGAGAACGACUUUCUCACCUUCGAUGCCAUGCGCCACGCAGCCCAGUGUGUGGGUCGGGCCAUCAGGGGCAAGACGGACUAUGGCCUCAUGGUCUUUGCCGACAAGCGGUUCGCCCGGGCAGACAAGCGCGGGAAGCUUCCCCGCUGGAUCCAGGAGCACCUCACUGACGCCAACCUCAACCUGACGGUGGAUGAGGGGGUCCAGGUCGCCAAGUACUUCCUGAGGCAGAUGGCUCAGCCCUUCCACCGGGAGGACCAGCUGGGCCUGUCCCUGCUCAGCCUGGAGCAGCUGGAAUCGGAGGAGACGCUGCGGAGGAUAGAGCAGAUUGCUCAGCAGCUGUAGCUCAGGGCGGGGACUCCAGAGUCCUACCUGGCCCUGGGUCCCAGCAGCCCGGAAGUCGCCCCGGGUCCUUGCACGAAGCCGCAGGCAGAUGUUCCUGGCUUCCGAAUCUACAGCCUUUAAUCGCAGGAGGAGAGUGGGGCACAGUGAAGCCCGAUACCCCGGGGGCCCCCCCAGGGGAGAGGUCAUCCGGGAGCUGAAAGGCCAACCUCCACCCCUUCCCCACUCUUCCUGAGAAGCUGGAGCCGUGUGGUCCUGUCAACUUCAGCGGGGGCCCAGGUCCUGGGUGCUGGCGCUGAGGGUCCGAGCAGCCUCGCUCAGGUGCUGGUUGGCGAACUGCGGACAGGCGCGGGGGCAGGACGAGGCCGGGCUCCAGUCGCCGUGAGGGCCGCCCCCCAGCGUGCUCACUAGCCGGUCCAUCCCUGUCUCUGUCCCCACUCUAGCCUGACCGGACCCAGCCUUGCCUCUGGGUCUCCCAGCGUGGCCCCCUACUCCAUCCUUGACCCGAGUGCCCCCCUCACCUGGGUCCCUGCAGCCUUUGGACCAUCCACGUUCAGCAUAUUGAGCGACAUGGCUCUCUUCAUUCUGUAAGAAGAGGGGGAGUCCCGGAGGGUCCGGCUCCUGCUCUGGGGAAGACUGUCCCAGCACCUGAUCGGACUGUUCGUGUCCCAGAGCAGAUGGGAACCAUAGACGGUUCUCGAGCAGGACGGGGUGGGGUGGGUUGCAGAGGCUGCAGCCGUCGGGCUCUGUGCUGACCCAGUGGACCACUCACCCUGCUGCCCCAGCCACCCCCUCGCCUCGGAGACGGGAGACCAACUUCUCGCUUCCACGCCGGAGGGACUCGCGGAACUUGGAGAAUGAGCUGCUCCGACGCAGGGGCUGGGGAGGACACCGGGGAAGGGGUCAGUCCCCGCUUCUCAGCCAGGCCCCACCCCUGUGGCGGAAGCGAAACCCAUCCUCACCUGCUGUUCUGUGUCCCCAGCCGUGCCUGUGGGGGGGGCUCCUAAGAACAGAUGGGGGACAGUGCAGUGGGGACACUGAGAAGUCACCUGGGGGGGGGGCACGGGAGGGGGCUCACCCAGAGGGGCAGGCAGGUCUUCCCGGCUGAGGAUCUCUUUGUACAGCUCUUCUGCCUGCUGGUACUUGUUCUGUUUCAGGUAGGCCGAGGCCUGCGGGGAGGGGAGGGCCUGGGUGAUCUUGGCUCCGAUCUACCUCCCUGGGCCCGGUGUUACAGGAGGAGCCAGACGCGUCCGCCCCCAACCUCCCACCUAGUGACCAAGGGCAGGUGACUGGUUCCUGCUCUGCCUUGGGCUAGUGACACCACCUCUUUGUGCCUCAAUUUCCUCGUUUGCAAAAUGGGACGGUAACAGCACCUCCCUCCUAGGGCCCUUUAAGAAGUGGAGGGUACGGGGAAGGUACUAAAAAAGGGGGGUGGGGUGGCUAGAGCUCAAUAAAUAGGACACUGACAUCUUGGCCCCAGCGA